CUGCUGUGACAGAGGUGGAGGGGCGGGAUCAGCGCUAUUCUGGAAAUCAUUUUGCGUAGCGCAUCUGUAUCGGCACAAACACAGCGCUGUGAUGCGAGAAGCUCCCGUGCAAUGUUGUGAGGCAAAUCCAACGAUUUAUUCUCACUCGCCACAGCCUGCAAACACGGUGUCCGUCCAGCCUGCUUAAGUCCUCCCACUUAGAUUGAAAGCUUAACGCAAUGGGUGGACAUCAUUUACGCUGGAUAGAAUUUUACUUUUAAUCUCCAUAUUUCAGUUAUACAUAAAUAAAAGCAGCACAGGAAUCAGAGUUGGUUGAAUGAGAGCAUGGCACAAGUAGAGGAGCCUCAAACUGAUGGAGGAGAGGGCAGCCCCCAGAUGAUCUCCUUAAGAUCAGACAUAUCAGGGAACCAUGCGGACGAAGGAGAGGGAGGACCCUCGAUUAGGAGGAAGAGGAGGAAGAAGAGAGACCCACGUCCAGAGUCCAUCAUCGUGUACCGCUCUGACAUGGAGAGGACACCCGGAGAGGGCCAAGACGGCGAGGAGGCGGCAGAGAGGAGCGCCGAGGAGGGAGCUAAGUUCCUCUGCACACCCACGGGCGAAGGCGGAGGCUGGAACCUUCCUCCAGACAGCCGCUACGUGACACUGACUGGCACCAUCACCCGAGGAAAGAAGAAGGGUCAGGUGGUGGACAUACAUGUCACGCUGACAGAGAAGGAACUCAGGGAUCUGGCCAAGUCGAGGGAGCGUCUAGAUGCGGAGUGCGAGGCGGGCGAAGGCGGCAAACGCACCUGUGGCUUCGGUGUUUGUCAGGGACCCCAUGUUGUCCUGUGGAGCAUCUCAUGUGCGCCUGUGAUUUUCCUCCUCUCCUUCAUCACCUCCUUCUACUACGGCACGCUCACCUGGUACAACGUCUUCCUGGUGUACAAUGAGGAGCGGACGUUCUGGCACAAGAUUACAAUUUGCCCAUUUCUUAUCAUCUUCUACCCGAUGCUCAUCAUGCCCAUGGCGCUGUCGCUGGCUCUGUACUCCGCCGUGGUGCAGGUGUCCUGGGCCUUCAGCGAGUGGUGGCUGUCGGUGCGAGACCUGGAGAAAGGCUUCUGUGGCUGGGCCUGCGGGAAGCUGGGACUGGAGGACUGUUCACCCUACAGCAUAGUGGAGCUGCUUGAUUCGGACACUGUUUCUGGCACGCUGCAGAGCAAGGCGCCCAGUGAACUCGCCCAGACAUCAUCAGUGUAAAGGAGGUCAAGCCACACGUUGCUGAUGGGAAAUCAGUAGUGCUCUCAACACAAAUGUGGUCAUAGAGGAUGAACAAAUGUCAGAAAGUUCAAGUCUCUUAGAGAAAAUUGAGUGUAAAGGUGAGUUUCUGACCUUGGAAGUGGUAAUUUAGUUUUUAAAAAAAAUUCAAAUUUCCAAAUCCAUUUACUUGAUUUGAACUCUGGUGAUGAAGGCUCUGAUAUUUUGCUGAAAACUACAGAAGAAGCAAAUUUCAAGAGCAAUUUGCUAAGAUUUUUGUGUAAACAUAUUUAAAAGCCACUUCACUAUGCUUUCCUGUAAAUGGUAACUUAUUAAACACUGCCUGAACUUUCCUUAUUGUAGGUGCUAAACCGUUGCUAAAAACUCUGGAUCAGUUUUGUACUUCCAGGUUCAUUACAGCUUCCCUCAGAUCACUAAAUAGCCACCAACAGUUCCUGAACAGCGCUCCCACUCAGAGCCUGAGGACACAAAAACACUUACUGGAAGCCUGAAAGUUGAAAUCAAGUUUCACUUCGUCUGUAAAUAUCUGUACCUGAGUAAUUGUGAUCACUGUGCUGUGCAAUGGCAAUGUGCAAUCAAGGGGAGCCGUAAUUUCGGAGGCAACUCUGUCUUCUUUGUGCAGGCAUCAUAAACCCUCUGAAGUUACAGUUGGAGCAAGGCUGGAUUAUUAACUGGAAAAAAUGGGCAACAGGGCAUCUGAUGCAGGUUUACUGUGUGACAUUUAUUGCUAGUUUUAGUGGGAAUAUGCACCAUGAGCGCAGCUUUCAGUACAAAAAAAAUCUGUCCAGUGAAAGGGCGUGUGUCAGUUUUUAAAUUAUAAUGCUGGUGUUGCUUUCUAUUUUUCAUGUUGGCAACAAAUCCCAUGAAAAGACCAAAAUCAACAAUCUUCAUUCCUUUCCAGAACUUCCGGAAUUUCAGUCAUAAUCUGCACCAACUAGUUUAUGUUCUGGUUGACAAUAAAGUGGCUAUUCUAUUCUAUUCUAUUCUAUUCUAUUCUAUUCUAUUCUAUUCUAUUCUGUUCUAUUCUGUUCUGUUCUUUGUCUGUUGCACACAAUCCCACAAAGAACUUUUGAAGACUUAAAUCUUUCAAAUUGGGCUACAGAAUAUAACUUCAUUUAAAAACAACAACAACAUUGCUUUCUUUUAACAGCUGGACACUGCUGUCUUUAGCAGACAUUGCUGAAACGGAAAAAGCAGUGCUCUAAUUUUUGUUGCAGAUUAAUACACAUUUGAUGCCUUAGUGAGUGUUUUCUGCACUGGGACGAUGUGUGAGAGACAGAAUAAACUGCUACGUGUGUGUUUGUGGUGGUGAACCACUGAUCAUAACCAAAACCUCCCAGUACAUGUCAUGGACUUUUUUUUUUUGAAUAAAUAAUACAAAACCUUUUAUUAAGUUCAUUGAACACCUACCUCCACAUACUUUAUAGUUAUGAAUUUUCUAAGCUUUUUCAGUCAGUUCUUUAUGCCGUUUCAAAUAAUUCCCAGAUAUGAUAGAAAUGUAGUAAUCCACCGUAAAAUCAAAAUGUAUUUGCAAUAAAGGGAAAACUCUUCGAAAUAUUAGUUUUUGAAAAUCAAUGAUUCAUUACUGGAGUAGAAAAUAAUUUAUUCUUAUUAAUUUGAUUAUUGUAAAACAUUCAGCAACAACUGUUUAGUUGCAAAUUACCUUUAGGGUUUCGUGGAUGACCAGCACAGUGCAGUGGUGAAAAAAAGGAAUUUAAAAAUGCAGAAAUUUAGCUCAAAGGGUCAAUUUUUUGUACCUAAAAAAUAUUUGAAGUAGAAGUUUAAGAUUUUGCAAUGUGUGGUGGAAAAAAGAAAAUUCAUGACAUUAACUGGGAGGAUCAAGCGAGUUGGAAUAUUAGGCUUUGGCUACACAGAGAGUAUUUGCAAGAAGGUUUCAUCUGUCACUGAUUUUUUUGUCUUUUCAUGGGGUUUGUCAGAAAUAGGAAUAAAUACAGAAUACUAACAACCUAAAUACAAAUCAGUUAUAAUACCUGUGUCAUUCUGGAUGAUAUCUGUGUUUCAAACUGAAACACAUCAAACUCUGGGGCAUGAUGCAUUCAAGCAUGUGGCUGCUUGUUGGUUUCUGGGCCUUUCAGCUAAUUGUAAUAAAGCUUCCAUCUGUGGCUUGCUCUGUACUCGAUGGAGUGUCUAAAUAAUAGACUGAGACGGGGAGAAGAGGAGGUAGGUCCUUUGCUCUGCUUUGGCACAGGCUCCACAAGGGGAUUAAUUCAGUCAUGACAAAGCCAUAGCGAGGGCAAGCUGAUAAAUAAUCUUUUUUCGUUCUAAUCUUUUCAUAUGUUGAAAUCACCAUCAGAGCAGCUGUUUGUGGUCUUGUGUUGUCUUCACAGUUUUAGUCCACACACAAAAAUGAAGUUUUCUGUAAUUUUCUAGUUGAUGUUUCUAUUUUUGUUUACACAUUCAUGUUUUAUAUGCUACUUUGAUUUAUUUUAUAUAUUUAAUGCUAGUACACUUUCAGAAGUUGUUGUAGCUACAGUCGGUGUUUUAUACUGAAGCACUUUGAAAUAAAUGUGUUGCAAACUCGCUGAAAUACUUAGCAGAUGGGUGUGGUUUGAAAAGAUCAGAUGGUUAAAAUAAUGUUUAUUGAUACACCUGGCUGGGUGAAGUAAUUCAGUUUUAUUUUCAUACGGAAAGAGACACUGAUCAGUGGCUGUGGAUUGAAUUUGUUUUCCACAUUACUUGUUGUGAAUCUACAGAAUGCAAAGUAAAGAGUUCUACCAAUGAAAUAAAGUGUGGUCUCCUUACAUUUCAGUCAUGGGCUAGUUUUUAAAUCUAUAUUCCAGAAGACAAGUCAGAGUGCUACAGGGAAAUGUAUGACAGGCCAUUAUGUUCUGUGAUUCCAUCUUCUCAGACAAAAACAAGGCAGCGUGUCGCCCAGCAUGAUGCACACCGAUGCAGAUGGCUCUCUGGGGUGUGGGUGCUUGGAGGUUGGAUUAUUGGCGCCCUAGUGUUAAACUAGGAUGCUUAAUUAAGAAAAUCCAUAUUCUCUAAUGCAAUGUAAGCAGGACCAAAUACAGUAUGUUACAGAAAAGCACUGUCAGUUCAAUACAUUCUGUAGUUACAGAUCUGCUCUGUUUUGCUUUCUGAUUUUGUUCAUUCAUACUGCUAAAGGUUCAAACACAGAGUGCAGUGUUUAUGGGUCAAAACCAUAAAAAUGAGCCACGGAUGACCACAGUUACUGUGUGAUGGAAGAUAGGUACUACAUUGUUUUUCUGAAAAUAUGUUUCUUAAAUAAAAUAAGAAAAAAUG